CUAUACAACCAGAAAUGGCUCGCCGCUGCUUUCUGGGUUUUCUUGUUUUUUGCUUCUGGCUUGGCCUAACCAGCUGUGCCAGGUCUCCCCCACCUACUGGCUUGUGUGCAGCCUCCGUUACUCCGCAGGGUUACAAGUGCCAGGAGUUUGAAGUGAAAACCCAAGAUGGGUACAUACUCAGCAUGCAGAGAAUCCCUAAGGGUCGUGCAGGAGGUGGUGGGAAUAAGCAGCCAGUGCUGAUUCAACAUGGGGUCAUGGUGGAUGGCAUGACAUGGUUUCUGAAUCCUCCAGACCAAAGUCUACCUUUCAUAUUAGCUGAUGCUGGGUUCGAUGUGUGGAUUGCCAACACUAGAGGCACCAGAUACAGCAGACGCCAUACAACCCUUGAUCCCAGUAAAUCGGAAUUCUGGAACUGGACAUGGGAUGAACUUGUAACCUCUGAUCUACCUGCUACUUUUGAUUUUGUGUUCAGCCAAACAGGGCAGAAGAUUCAUUAUGUGGGCCAUUCCAUGGGAACUUUGAUAGCUUUGGCAUCUUUCUCAGAGGGGAGACUGGUGGACAAGCUGAAAUCAGCAGCCUUGUUAAGCCCUAUAGCAUAUUUGAGCCACAUGACGACAGCACUAGGUGUCGUGGCUGCCAAAGCCUUUGUGGGUGAGAUUACUACUCUAAUGGGAGUUGCAGAGUUCAACCCAAAAGGUGAGGCUGUGGGCAAAUUUCUCAAGGUACUGUGUGCUACUCCUGGGAUCGAUUGCUAUGACUUGCUGAAAUCACUUACAGGCAAAAAUUGCUGUCUCAAUGUUUCGACUGUUGAUCUUUUCGUGAAGAAUGAGCCUCAAUCAACAUCAACUAAGAACAUGGUGCAUUUGGCUCAAACUGUACGAGAAGGGGUCGUAGCAAAAUACAACUAUGGGAGUGCUGACUUCAAUAUGAUGCAUUAUGGGGAAGCCAGUCCCCCAAUCUAUAAUCUCUCCAACAUUCCUCAUAAUCUUCCUCUCUUUCUCAGCUAUGGAGGCCAGGAUGCACUCUCUGACCCACGAGACGUGGGGCUUUUGCUUGACAGUCUUAAGCUUCAUGAUGGAGACAAGCUCACUGUUCAGUUCAUCAAGGAUUAUGCUCAUGCCGAUUUCAUAAUGGGGGUAACUGCCAAGGAUAUAGUGUAUACUGCAAUUGUUGCAUUUUUCAAUCGUCAAUGAGAAUCAUCACUCCUGAGUCCUGAGAGAAGGCUUAGGUUGAUGUAUCAGCACUAAUUUUUCCUCGUUAUUAAUAAUAAAUAAUUAAUAAA